UUUCUUUAUCGAUUUUCAUCUUAUUUUCUUGUCAAAACCAUGACUAGGAGAAAGUUGAAACUUGCUUUCAUUGAGAACGAUAAGGCUAGGAAAUUAACAUACAAUAAAAGGAAGAAGAGUUUAUUGAAGAAGGUUGAUGAAAUAACAACACUUUGUGGUAUCUACGCUUGCGCCAUAAUUUAUGGCCCGUACGAUCCACGACCUGAGAUCUGGCCAUCGCCGUCGAGAGUGGAAAAGGUGCUUUCGAAAUUCAAGACAGCGCCUGAGUUUGAUCAAAGCAGAAGGAUGGUGAAUCAAGAGAGUUUUCUAAAACAAAGGAUUUCCAAGGGUGAAAACCAACUUCAAAAGCAACGGAGAGACAACAGAGAGAACGAGACAACUAUGCUCAUGUUUCAAUGUCUCCAUGCUGGGAAGGUCGUGCCGAACGAUGUGUCGAUGGGUGGUUUGAAUGAUCUUGCUUGGUUGAUCGAUCAGAAUUUGAAAAAGAUUGGUAGAAGGUUGGAAUCUAGUGAUAGUAACAAUAAUAUUCAUCCAAAUCAAAGCGAAAUACAACCACUGCCGUUUACGGAUUUGAUGAAUGGUAAUGGUGAUGAGACAGUGUCACUGCCAUUUGGUAAUGAUGAUGAAAAUCUUGAGAAUGAAUUUUGGAGGAACCUACAAUAG